AUGGAAGUACAUUUUCCUGUCAAUUCAGGAAAUGUGCCACCACCAUCUCAUUCCGCUAAUUUACUUCCUCAACAGUUAAAUGCACAAAAUCCCUUCUUAAGCAACAGCUUAGAAUUGGAGAGAAUUUUAGGUCUUACGUCCAUUUCACCCAAUAUCGUAUCUGUUGCUGAUGAUUUGAUAGCUUACGCAGCAGGUGCAGUAGUAGUAAUAUAUAGCCAGAAAAAGAACAAACAAAUUGCAUUUCUUUAUCCCCCACCCAACGCACAAUCAACAAGUAAUGUUAUUGAUAAUAGCAAUGGGGUUGGUAUCACCAAUUUCCAAAAUCAAGUUAAAAUCACAGCCCUCGGAAAUGGAAAUUUAAAAAAGAAUGACAUUAUCACAUCAACCCAAACCACUUUUGCAGAAGGAAAGAAAGCUACACCAGCUAGUAAUCGGGCAAAGCCAAUUAGUUGUCUCACGUUUUCGCCCGAUGGAAAUUACUUGGCCGCUGGAGAAAUGGGCCACCAACCGAGAAUAUUUAUUUGGGAUGUUAAGGAAAAGAAGCUACUUAGGGAAAUUAGGUCCCACAAAUUUGGCGUACUUGCAUUGUCGUUCUCACCGAACAUGCGGCACUUGGUUUCUGUUGGAUUUCAGCAUGAUGGAUAUCUUUAUGUUUGGGAUUGGAAGAAAGAGACAAAAAUAGCCGGGAACAAAGACUCCCAUUCACGAGAAACCCGUGUUUUAGACGGACGAUCAGGUUUACUCGGUGUCUUACGCGAUGCUAAUUUUGUAGAUGUAGCCUGUGAGAAUAGUAGUAAAACAGGCUAUACUUAUUGUGUCACUGAUACGGGUAUACUGUGCAGUUUUAAAGCAGAGAGAGUUCUUGAUAAGUGGUUAGACCUUCAGGUUAAAUAUGCUUAUUCAAUAGCUGUUACGCGAAAGUUCGUAAUAUGCUCCUGCUCGGAAGGAAUAAUCAGGCUUUUUGAACCGAUUACGUUAAAAUAUCUAGGUACACUACCAAAACCACAUCCUCUUGGGACGGAUGUAACUACCUUCACUUCUCCAAAUAUGGUUCGGCAAUUAAAGGAAGCACCAAUUUACCCCGAUUCUGUUGCAAUGGUGUAUGAAGCAAACAGUAGUAAAGUAAUAUCAAUCUACUCUGACCGAAGUCUGUACAUAUGGGAUAUUCAUGAUAUAGCAAAGGUUGGGAAAUCUCGCAGCUUCAUUUAUCAUAGUGAUUGUGUAUGGGGAGUGGAGCCUUGCCCCAGAAUUGACUAUGAAGAUAAUGCAAUCCCAUUGAAUUCGUUCACUACUUUUUCAGCUGAUGGAACCAUCAGAAUUUGGAACAUAGAUAACCCACACAAUGCACAGGCUUCAUCAUUACCCACACAAUCACCAGAGCAUGUAAAUGAUAGUUUUAUCUCACCCAGCAAUAGCACAACAGUUUCCGCGCACAGAAGAAAUAUUUACUCACGCGAACUUGUUAAAAUGCUUUACGUCGAUUCAGAAGCAGCAGAGUUUUCGAAAAUUCGUGGGGAUAUAGACUCCAUCGAAGAUCAAUAUCCGGACUAUGGCAUUCGAUCCGUAAAAAUUAGUUCUGAUGGAAGUAUUAUAGCGAGUGGAGAUCGUAGUGGUAACUUACGUGUACAUGAUAUGAGGACCUGGAAGCUGCUCAAUUUUCAAGAAGCGCAUGAUUCAGAAAUCCUCUCAAUUGAUUUGACGACAUCCGAAAACGAUGAAUGUCCAAACUUAAUAGCAACCGCCAGUAGAGACCGCAUGAUCCAUAUUUUUGACAUCAGCUCCAAGUUCCAGCUCAUACAGAGUCUCGACGACCAUUCUUCGUCCAUAACAUCAGUUCGUUUCACUAAAGAUGGUAGCAAGCUUAUCAGCUGUGGGGCUGAUAAGGGUAUCAUAUUUCGUCAACUGACUGGCCCGAUUGCACCAUUUUACAACCAAUCAGCUCGUCCUUAUACUACUUACCACAAUUUUUCCGGCAGAAGCACAGUCUUUGAUAUGUCUAUAGACGUCAAUAAUCGUCAUAUUGCAGCAGUUACAGGAGAACGCAGAUUAUUUGUAUUCAAUGUUGAUUCGGGAAAGUCAUUCCGUACAUGCAAGCCGGAAACAGCUGAGGAAAUGGGGAAAUCAAUAGAGAACUCUGGUGGAAGUCUGAUAAAUGUAGAUUUGGAUCCAUUCUCAGGCACUUACGCAGUCACUAGCGGGUCAGAUCGAUGCAUUCGCUUGUUUGACUUGGUUAAUAAUACAUGUAUCGAAAAGAUAUGUGCUCAUGCGGAACUGAUAACUUCAGUAAAAUUUAUACAGACAAACAGUGAAGAGUCUGGGCUACGAAUUAUCAGUACCUGCUCCGAUGGUACCAUUUUUAUUUGGAGAGUUACUCCUGAUGUGGUUGUGAAAAUGCUUACACGUGCUGGGCAUAAUGCACAGGAUCUAAGCUCUCUUAGUUCCAAGCAACGACUUCGCAGAACCUCCUUUAUCGACGACUUGCGGCCUGUUGUAAGUACUUCCCAAUUUAUUCGAUAUGGUGAUCGUAAAACGUUUUCAUCUUGUUCAGCAGCAGAGCAAAAAUAUGAAAAGUUGUACAGAAGAAUAGCUAGCACUCAAAACCGUCAAAUCCCUCGACAUGUUGAGGAAAACGGCGCUAAAAAAGACAAAUCAAUCAGCACAAGUUGUGUUCAGCACAAUGUUAACACUAAUACUUCGAAAGGCGAUAAUAGCAACACUGUCGCUCCAUCCAAUAAUGAUCGAACGGUUAUAAUCAAGAGAUUAUACAGUGGUUUACCAACCAGUUUCAAAACACCGGACCAACUCUCACCUGCAUUGCCGUAUGCUUCAAAUCGAGAGACUACGCUACUAUCUGCCGAGCGCAAUAUGAAUCAUAGACUUACCUUGAAACGAGCUAAAUCAAGAGAAAUUUUGAGAAAAGAAAAUUACCAUAGAUAUGAGAACUCAAGCGCCCAAUCGUUCAAAACGGAUGAAGUAUUUAACUCUGAGUCAGAUGAUACUGGAGAUGAAGAUGGAAACAAGAAAGGUAUUGCUGAGCAGUAUGUCGAAGAAGAGAAUGAAAUCAUUUUCACGCCUGAGGAAGAAAACAUGAAUAAGCCUUUCGAGGUCUCUGUGAAUAAUAACAAUGAAGAAGCGCUCACAGGAAGGAGUACACCAGAGACUGAUGCUGAAACACAGUCUAAGUCAGAGGAAGAAGAAGACGAGCUAUCCAGUGAAGAUAAUAUAGACGAGGCUAUAGAUCGAGAUAUUACUUCUGCGGAGGCACCUCGAGUAACAGUUUCUAUGAGUCGA